AUGAAGGUCACAAUUAAGAAUGUCAAUAAGGAGGUUUACCAGUUUGAGGUCACUGGUGAGGAAAAGGUAUCACAGUUGAAAGAUAUGAUCACUGAGAAUCACAAGCAUCUUCAAUCAUGGCAAACAUUGAUUUACAGUGGCAAGAUUCUAGAGAAUGACAACACCAUAGCCUCGUACAACAUCACUGAGAGUGGAUUCAUUGUCUGCAUGGUUAAGAAGCCAAAGGAAGAUGCACCAGCACUUGGCUCAGUCGCUGCUGCCAGCCCUCCACCAGCUACUACUCCAGCAGCCCCAACUACUACUCCAAUCCAACCAACACCAACACCAACAGCCACUACAACUCCAAUCACUACUCCAGCACCAGCUCCAUCACCAGUGACCGUUACCUCCCCACAGCCACGUGAUCCAAGCUUUGUGACCGGCCCAGAGUACGAGGCCACUCUCAAGAACAUUGAGGACAUGGGAUUCUCAAGAGAGGAAGGUGUACGUGCACUCAGAGCCGCCUACAACAACCCAGAUCGCGCCGUUGAGCUGCUGGUCACUGGUCAACUCCCUGCCGCUGGCUCUGCUCCAGUGCAACAGGAUGACGACGAGGAUGAGGUCGAUACACAGGAUGCUGAUGUCCAAGGCCAAGCACCAGGUCAGCCAGGUCAGCCAGGUCAAGCCAACAUAUUCGACGAGUUGCGCAACCAUCCAAUGUUCCCUCAGAUUCGCGAGCAAAUCCAGAGAGAUCCAAAUGUCAUUCAAGAAUUGCUACAGCAGCUCACCCAGACCAAUCCAGGAUUGGUCAGACAGAUCACAGAGCAUCCACAGGACUUCCUUAGACUGUUCCAGGAUCCACAACAGAUGGUUCAGAUCCAGAUCACUCCACAGGAACGUGAGGCAAUCGAGAGACUGAUACAGAUUACAGGCAUGAACAAGCGUGUUGUGAUUGAGGCAUACUUUGCCUGUGACAAAGACGAGCAAAUGACAGCAUCAUAUUUAUUCGAUAAUGUCAAUGAGGAUGACAUGUAA